AUGGCAAGCAAAAAUAGAACCCUGCAUGAACUAUCAUCAAAAAAUUUCAGUAGAACUCCUAAUGGUUUGAUUUUUACUAAUGAUUUAAAGACGGUGUACUCAAUUUUUCUAAUUUGUUUAGAACUGAAAGAGAAGAAACACAGCAACGACACUAAAUCAUUUUUAUUUACUCCGUUUAGUAAACAUUUCCCUUUCACUUUUUCAUAUCAAGAAGCCAUUCAGGCAAUGGGACAAUUAGAACUGAAAGUGGAUAUGAACACAACUUGUAUAAAUGUCUCGUACAACAUUAAACCGAGCUUGGCAUUCCAUCUCCUCACGUUAUUUAUGUCAUCUAAACUGUUGCAUACGCCGCAGGAUAGAACUCGUAAUGAGCCAAAGGAAAAAGUUCUUUUCCAACCAACACCAAAGGGGGUUGCUAUUUUACAGAAGUAUGUUAGGGAUAUUGGAUUGAAGAGAAUUCCUGAUAUACUAUUAUCAUCGUUCAACUCUAUGGAACUUUUCACCUUCGAGAGAAGUUCCGUUACAGAUUCAAUCAUUCAUAGCGAUUACUUAAUGCAUAUUCUAUUCAUCAAAAUGAUGGGUGUUAAGCCCAAUGUUUGGUCUCCAACCAAACCCAAUGAUCCUUUGCCUUGUUUAUCUUUGUUGUUGGAAUACGCCAACAAUGAUGAUACAUUUACAUUUGAAAAAUCAAAGCCAGAACAAGGUUGGCAAAGUCAGAUUGGGAAUGUAGAUAUUAAUAACUCAGAAAGGGUAUCACCAUUAGCGCAUCGGUUCUUUACAAAUCCAGAUUCCGAGUCACAUAUUCAAUACUAUGUUUCCGACACUGGAAUUAGGCUUUUUGAAAAUAAAGCCUUCGGAACUUCCAAAAAGAUUACUAUUAAGUACAGUUUUACAACAAAAGCUAUAUGGCAGUGGGUUAUGGAUUGUACCGAUAUUAUGCAUGUAAAGGAAGCUGUUUCGUUGGCAGCACUAUUCUUGAAAAUGGGGCUAAUUGUUCCUGUUCUUUUACCACCCUCACGUACCGAUAAAAAAAAAUUUCAGAUUAGCAGAUCUUCAUUUUUCACUUUGUCUAAGUUAGGGUGGGAUCUGGUUUGUUGGAAAGGUUACAAAAGUAACAAUAUUCGAGCACCCAAUGGUGAUAUCAUUGAUCUAGAUAUCUCCUUAACAAGUCAUGUAUCCGCCGGUGAUGAAAAAAGGACGCUAGAGGAGAACGAUGGUUUUGCUCAGGAACUGCUUAUUUCUUCAAGCAAUCACAGCCUUAAUAAAUUGGACUAUGUUUUGAAUGAUCCAGGUAUGAGAUAUUUAUUCAGGCGUCAUUUAGAAAGGGAAUUUUGUGUAGAAAAUUUGGACGUUUUUAUUGAAAUCAAGAGAUUUUUGAAAAAAAUGACAAUUUUGAAGAGACUAAUAGAUUCUAAGCGCGGUAAUAAAAAAAUAAACAUUGGUACUUCGAAAAAUAAUGUUGUAAAGACUAUUGAUUCAGCUUUGAUGAAACAAGCCAACGAAUGCCUUGAAAUGGCCUAUCAUAUUUACUCGUCAUAUAUCAUGAUCGGGUCGCCAUAUCAAUUGAACAUCCACCAUAACUUGCGUCAAAGCAUUACUGACAUUAUGUUGCAUCCCCAAUCCCCGCUAUUAGAACGUUUUCCUACUAGCUUGGAUGAUUCAUUGCUUGAAUCCACCGAAUCUAACUCUUCUUCAGUCGGUUCCACAGAUGGUCACACGUUACAAGAACUGCCUGAAGUAAUACUGAAGCCUUCAAAAACUUCCUGGAAUGAAGAUAGUUUAUUUCAAAAGCAAACACCCUACCAAAUAUCAAAAGAACUUAAACCGGCCCCAUUAAAUCUAGCAGAUGCUCACUGUAAUGAAACAUCACUAGAACAGUCAAAUAUCAUCCUGAGAUAUAGUAGCGACGACGCCGAAGAUUAUAACGGAACACAUAACUCAUUACCAGCAACUUUGAAAAUCCUUAGAAAAUUAUACCCACUUUUUGAAAGCGUCAGUAAUGAAAUGUAUAAGUUAAUGAACAACGACUCCUUCCAAAAAUUUACUAAAUCUGACGUGUACAAAGAAGCUAAUAGCUUAAUAGAGAUUCAAGAAAAGUGCUGA